GAGUACAAUCGGAUGUACAUACUGUUGUGGGUAGAGCGAUAUGAGUUCAUCGUGAGAGUCGCAAAAAGAUACUACGAACAUGAUUAUCGUGCUGUUUCACCUAUUUUAUUUAUUGGGCAAAUACGUGUACAAGACCUAUCGUCUCAAAAAGCUGAAGGCCUUGUGCGAUGCCGCAAAAGAUAAUACCGAGUCAUCUGAAUCCUACGAAAUGCUUGACGAGAUUUCGGUUAGCAGUGAAGACCUUUCGGCGCCAAAAAGUAAUGAAGUAUUGAAAUUUUCGCCGCCGGCGUACAUACAAAGAUACAACGCGGUUGUGGAUGUACUUAUGGAUCCCAGGUAUCAGGGAAAAGUACGAAAGGUUGUUGAUUUCGGAUGUGCAGAACUCUCUUUUCUGGUUUAUUUGAAAAAUUUAGCAGGAGUGGAAGAGAUACUUUGUGUUGACGUGGACAAGGAAUUAUUAGAAAGACAUCAAGGAAGAGCUAAACCACUGAUUUCUGAAUAUUUGUGCAGUCGAAACACGCCACUUUUAAUUGAAGUAUGUGAGGGCAGUGUGACACACAAUGACAGAAAGUUGGAAAAGACAGAUGCUGUAAUUUGCAUUGAAUUGAUUGAACAUUUGUAUCCAGACACCUUAAUGGAUCUUCCUUUUAAUAUUUUUGGAUACAUUAUGCCAAAAGUAGUAGCGAUAACAACGCCAAAUGCAGAUUUUAAUGUACUAUUUUCAAAUUUCUCUGGCUAUAGACAUCCAGAUCAUAAAUUUGAGUGGACGAGACAACAAUUUCAAGACUGGGCACAAAACAUUGUGGUGAGAUACCCAUGUUAUGAUGUAACAUUCCAUGACAUCUGUAACGGACCUGAAGGCACUGAAGAAUAUGGUGCAUGCACGCAAAUGGCGGUAUUUCAUCGACUUUCGCUGAUAGAAGAAUGUAAUCAAAUAAGUGGAGUAGAUGGGUUAUUUAAAAGAGUGUGUAGAUAUGAUUAUCCUGUAAAUAUAGACACUCGUUCUGACGAACAAAAAAUCCUGGAUGAAGCGACAUAUUACAUCAAUUUCUUAAGCUUCAAGAAGGACGAAUACACAGAGGAAGUAUCUCUAAGCGACGUGGUGUCCUAUAUGGAAAAGUGUUACACUGUUACAACAGAAGCAUUAAGGACGAUUUUAGUAGAUGCCGGAUGGACUGUGCAAGAUAGAGACGACGGACCAGUAAUACUCAAUUCACAAUCCACCAAUUCUUCCAAUGACGAGAUGGAUCUAGAUAUCAUAGAUGAUGUUGAUUUUACAAAUGAGGGAGACGAAUGGAAUGUGAAUUACGAACCUGGUCCACCGACAUCGGCCGAUGAGAAAUCUGUAUAUAUGUCGCAUUCUAGCUAUUGGAGUGAAGAGCCCAGCAUUGUCAUACCUGAAAAUCGUUCCAUUAUACAUGAAAAUACCUAUCUAUUCGAUGGAGUGAAUUCUUUCACAGAACAUCAGGAAGAACAUCAGGUGGCUGAAGAGCCACACACAACUCAUGAUAUCAGCAAUUUGAGAGUUAAUACCGUAGAAUCUUCAGUAUUCGCUGAACGAGAACUUCCAAGUAAUUCAAUUUCUCUCGCUUUAGAUGAGACAGAAAUGGAUGCUAGAGCUGAAAUAAUUGAUUCUAGUACAUCAUCAGUUCUCGCUGCAUCUUCAGUAACAUCCAAUAGUAGUUUAAAAUUAGAAGAUACAACGAAAAAUUUAUCAGCUGACAAUAUUACAAUAGAAAAUCCACCGCAAGAUGACGAGAUUCUAAGAAUUAUGCAUGGAUCUACUUCAAUGUUUAAUUUCCAGCCGCCUUUGUGUGUUUCCCGUUCAUCGACGUCGCCAGAACCACUUUUUUUCCAUUCCGAUUUCAACAAUUCUUUGCAAAAUGAUAGCGCAAAUGAUCAAAACGAAUCGUAUAGUAAUCAAUGUUUAUUGAACAGUACUUUUCAAUCUGAAGCAGCAAAUGAGGCAGCUAUGAGUAUAAAAGAAUCUACACUAGAAAACACAUUUGAACUUAGAAAAAGAAGCCUGCCGAGAGAAGAUAAAAUAAAUUUUUUCAAAUACACUCGGUCAAAUUAUUCUAAGGUUAAUAAGGAUCUUGAACAAGAUGAUAUUGCCUCAGUGAAGAGUGAAGCUUUUAAGAAUAAUGACAUAGCAGCUGUAUCAUCAAACGUUUAUAGUAGUAAUUUUAAUAAUCAACCAAGGUACACAAGCUCACCUAGAGCGAAAGUGCCCAAUAGUCAUCGACAUACUUAUCUCGACUGUGAAGAACUAAUGCCUGCGACGAAUAGUUCUUUGAGCGCAACAGAAGCAAUCAAGGAAACUAUAUUGAAUACUGAUAAUAAUUUACUACAAAAUACUAGUCAGGAAUGUAACGCUAGUGCAGAAACAAUUAAGUUGUGCACUUCUUUAAACAGUGAUGUUAUUAAUACUUCAGAAUACAAUGUAGACUGUCUCGCUAGCAAUAAUAUACAGCAAGAAUUGUGUUUAGAAAGUAAAGAAUUCAACUGUAUUGAUAAAUCUAUCUCCGCAGAAUUAACGCAAGGCACUAAUGAAGAAUUAGCGGAAAAGACAAGUAUAAUCAAUUAUGAGACUGAUGUUGUGGAUGAUGUACAAAGUGUAGAUACACACCACGUCUUAUCAUUAGACAGCGAGAAUAUUAAGCACAAGAAUGAAAACGCGCACUGUACAUUAGCAGCAGCAAAACCAAAUAGUAUCGAUGAUAGAGCACAUCUAGAAGAUGCGAUUAGUGAUCUUGCAGAGUCGAAUGCGAGCAAAGGCAGUUUAAGUCCGCUUAGAGAAUUGUUAAGUUUCAAAUUACAGAGCGAUAAUAAGCGUUCUUUUGAAUGUGCCAAAGAAACUAGUAUUUUAGAAAAUGAUAAGUUUGUACCUUUUAAAAGUAAUAAGGAUACAAGUAACAUUCAGCUUACAUCAGCGGUGUUAAAGAGUGAAGAGAGUGUUAGUACAAGUAGAGAUGUUAAUAUCGCCGGAUUAGUGAACAAUGUCGAAGCUAAGUCAUCUCCACUCGAGACUCCCCCGAACAGUUGGUCUCCGGAAAUUAUGGACUCUGGUUACCCCAAUUCAGCCUCUGCCCAGGACAUAACACCGGAAUAUGACUUAUCCAGCAUAGCCCAGGAUCAUAUACCGGAUUCCGAGUCGCCGAGCGUCGCGGAAGCACCGAGAUUGGGUGUUCUGGAACCGAUCGAGGUGGAAAACGGCGACUUGGCGAAUAACAAUAGAGACGACGAAGGUAACAACAUGAUGGCUGUGGACGCUAAUGAUAUCGAAAAUUUGCAACCGCUUAUCGAUGUAUUGGAGAACGAUCUCGAGAACGAGAACGAUAUUUACGUAAUGCAAAACGGUUUUCCCAUAUGGCUGUUGAGAAUAUUGGACAUGGCCAAUCCGCUUGAUUUUGACGUGCAAGCUCGGCAAAAUUUAAGGGUUCCUGAUGAACUAGCAGAUGGUGCUAACUAUGUGGGUCACGACGAAGGUUUUGAUAGCAGUUCUUCGGAAAACGAAAGCGAUAUUGCUUACAAUGAAACGGAAAACGAUAAUGAACAUGGUGAAUAAACCAUUUUUUUUUUUUAAUCAAGAGAGAGAACGUGAUACGUGAUAUGAUUAAGGCAUUUCAGCGUAAUCUUACAUAUCAUUCUUCAAGUUCUUGAUAAGAACUUGCAGUGUAGGCUUGAAAGGUAAAGUUAUAGAUUGAAAAACAUUUUUGCUUGCGUUUCAGACUUCCUGUGAGAAUAAUUACAAGAAUAGUUUACUAAAAUAGUUUUGAUAAAAAUAAGAUUUUUUUUUAUCUUAAGGUUGUUAUUUGAAUCGUGUUGAUAUAUAACUACCUCUUCCGAUUUACUUUUAAUAGCAAAACACUUUUUUUUAUAUUUAAUGUUACCGAAUACUUCAAACUAUGUAAUAUUUUCCGUAACGAUAAGGCAAGUGUAGGUAAACAAAAGAUAUUUCGCGUAUUUAUUAAGAACAACUUAAUCUCUAUUUUUAUAUUGUGAAGUAAAUAUGCGUUUUACA